AUGGGCAAUUCAAGCACCAAAGAGUCUCGUCCGGUCGACCCGGCGACUGACUAUCGCCAAAGCCAGGCUGCGUACCUCAAUACCUCGACAUCCAGGGAGACCCCGAGUGAUCGCCCCAACUCCCGAAGGCAGAGUCGUUUUAGCAGGGCCGACCUGAAUCUCCUCGGUCUCGGAGCCGCCGGAUCGUCCAGCGCUGCCGGCCGAGAGGAUGCUCCUUACGAGCGAAGAGAAACGAGGCAAGAACGUGAAGCCCGUCGAUUGGAGAGGGAACGAGUCGCCAGAGAGAAGGAGCGUGAGCGUAGCAUGAAGGAAGAGCAUGUCGAUGGCGGCUACCUCGUCACGCUUGGAACCUACACUGGGACCGAAGACUUCAGUAAACCUGUCAUUGAGAGACGUCUUGCGCCGUUUUGGAGAGGCCUCAACGACUAUUCCGACAACUGGACCGAAUACCAGCUCAUCUGCGCCGGUCGCGGCCUUCCGAUCCCUGCUGCCGACGAACAGCCUCCCCCCGAGUUUAUCCCCCAGGCGAACUCGCCUGCGUCCCCAACCGAGUCAUCGCAGAACCUCGCAAACCUGACAGUUCCGAUUGGCCCGAGGUCUUUGUCUGUUGGCUCAGAUCGCAGCGGCUCCCUGCCUGCUUCCGGCAUAUCAUCGCCCAACGCAGCUCAGCAACAACAACGUAGCAGCUCGCCGUUCAAGCCCAGAGCGAAAGCUCUGGCCGCCGCUUUGAGCGGCGGUUCGCGCAAUAACUCGUCGGGCGACGUAGCCCCGCGCGAGAUUAAGCUGCCUAACGACCCCUGCGUUAACGGGCAGCCCCUGGAGGUCUUUUUGUACAAGGACGCCACAGAGUGCCCUAUCUGCUUCCUGACAUAUCCGCCUUACCUGAACAGCACUCGGUGUUGCGACCAGCCCAUUUGCAGUGAAUGUUUCGUCCAGAUCAAACGUGCCGAUCCUCACUACCCUGAGCACCAUGGCGAACCGAACGAACAACCCCCCAACCCCGCCAACCCGGAAGAGGCCUCGGAGAUGCUCAUUUCCGAACCCGCCCAGUGUCCCUACUGCCAACAGACAGAGUUUGGCGUGACCUACGACGCCCCUCCCUUCCGCCGUGGUCUGUCGUACGCCAUUGGAUACCCGUCGCAGAAUACGGCCAUGUCAUCGCAGAGCUCUCUGAACUCGACCCUUUCUCCGACUUCGCCCACUCCUGGUAGACGACGUGCUCAGAGCCUGUCGGCAAACGCCCCGAACGUUAUCACCACUGACCGAGUACGCCCGGAUUGGUCAACGAAACUCGCAGCGCAACGGGCACACCAAGCCCGGAGAGCUGCGGCGGCGACCGCAUUGCAUACCGCCGCGUUUCUCAUGGGCAACAACGAGCAACAACGCGGCUUCGCCUUUACCAGACCUGGACGUUUCAGUCGGAGGAACACGGGUAGUCGAACACCUUCCGCACCGUCCAACAACCAGCCGGAGGAGAGCCCGAGCCGUAAUCCGGAGGGCGAAGCGGUCCCGGCUGGGCCUGAGCCUGGGCCACGGAGCUCCUCGGGGCGGGGAGCCCCCACCAACAGGAGAAACAGAAUGGAAGAAUUGGAGGAUAUGAUGUUUAUGGAGGCCGUCCGUUUAUCUCUUGCAGCCGAAGAGGAGCGGAAGCGCAAGCAGGAAAAAGUGGAGCGUAAGGAGGCCAAGAAGCGGGAGAAGGAGGAGCGUAAAGCUGUCAAGAAACAGGAUCGUCAAAGCGUCUACGGUCCUGGGCAAAGUUCUGCCAGCGGAAGCAGUCUCUCUCUUGGUCUUGGACGACGCCGGGGAAACAGUACCACAAGCAACCUACGCGUGGAAGCGACUCUCCAGGGGGCGCAGUCAAGUUCUGCUGGUGCCAGCACCGAGACAUCCCCGGUUGCAGCAACGAGCAGCACAACACCCACCUCGGCGCCUGCUCCAACCCCAACUUCAGCACCGAACUCGAACUCCAAGGGUAAAGCUGUUGAGCGCCCAGCAGUCGAGACGCAGUCUUCCGAAAGCAGCUUCCAGAGCACCUCGUCAACUCCGUCGUUGCCCAUCCCAACAACUGGUCGUGGGCCUUCUCAUCUUAGACAGAUGAGCAAUGCCUCGUCUAUUUCGUCUUCGCUGGCUGAUAGCGCCGCCGGAAGCUACACCAACCAGGCAUACCUCGACCCGCGGGCCAGCGAAUUGAGCGUAGGUAACCGGAGCGAAGAGGGCGAGCGCGACAAUACGGAGCCGAUGUUCAAUUUCCGAAGUCUGGCAGAAAUGGUGGGUGUUGAUAUCGAGAACGGCGAAGCCAACCAAGACCAAGAAGGAGUUUCAGGGGACAGCCAACGGACCGCGACGCGGAAGCGGGACGAAGUCGAGGACGAGCCCGAAGCGGAGCAUAUGGAAGAUGCUCAUGUCGAGCAGCCCGUGCAGAGCAACGUGGGCACCUUGAAACCGCCACCCACUAUCCCCGAGGAACCUGUCGACGGCAAUAGCAGCAAGGACGAUGUUCAGUCUCCCGGUAGCGGGGCGCUGACUCCUGAGGUCACCAUCACGCCGGAGACCCCAGCACCCACCACGGAAAAUGCCGAGACAAAGAGGCUUGGCCACGAGAACGUCGUCGAGAGGUCGUCGGAGGUUACCCAGUGA